CCCCAGUCUUUUGAUCCAAAAUUGAGCUGAGCCUCUUGAUUUACGAGAGCACCGCUUCCAGAACAGAUCUGUAUUCUACUACGUCCAACAUGGCUCAACUUGAUCUGGAUAGUACCUUCGGGGCGCUUUAUAUUGGCGGAACUAUCGGUGCAAUUCUUUUCGGUCUGAGUAACGUCCAAGCGUUUCUCUACUUCCAGUCACGCAAGAACUCGGGAUUCACAUUCUACAAGCUUGCGGUAUGCUGGCUCUGGUUACUCGAUGUUUUGCAUGUCUGUUUGGUGAAUCACCUGAUAUACUAUUAUCUGAUCACCAACUACGCAAAUCCACCGGCACUUCUCAAGAUGGUGUGGAGUUUCAAGGCGCUAAUAGUCAUUGACGUAUUUAUUGUGUAUAGCGUGCACAUACUAUACUUGCAGCGUAUAUGGAUAAUUAGCAAAGGGAGGACCAGAAUUUUGCCUGUGUUAAUGACGGUUACCAUCGUCCUUGCAUCAAGUGUUGGCUUCGUCCUGUUCUGGGCUGUAUUCAAGUCCCAGUUAUUUUCGGACCUGUCCAAAAUUCGGUGGACCAUCUACCUGAGUUUAAGCACAAUGACUCUGAUUGACUUUCUCAUCGCCUCUUCAUUGUGUUACCUUCUUAUCUCUGCUAAGACGGGGUUCACUAAAACGGAUAUAACUCUUCAGACACUCGUAAGAGACAUUAUUAAUACAGGAUGCUUAACGAGCAUGUGCUCGAUGGCAUGCAUCAUCACGGACGCAGCAAUGCCAGACAACUUCGUCUUCCUUGGAAUUGAAUUUCUACUGUCCAAAUUAUACGUGAACUCCUAUAUGGCUCUCCUGAAUGCGCGUCAUUAUCUAGGGUCGGAUGGAAGCUCAUACGGUUCACAAAUCCGACCCCCGCAUAUCUAUCGCCCAGAUGUACAAGUCAACAUCUCACAUGAAUUACAAGACACUUCUCCCCAAACAUCUAAAGUGGACAGGUUCCAGGUGUCUGACAGCGCUUUGGAGCACCCGAGUUACUACCCUCCUGCUGUGGUUCGUUCCAAGAUGAUUUAUAGUUUGUAUAUUGGCUGAUGUAAAUUUCAGACGGGAUAUGCCCAUUCUGCUACAGUGAUCGUAUAGAUGUGAGAUGGCGACAGUCUAGGGAUAUCUCUUGUGAGCUUGCUAUGGUAGACUAUGUUAUAAAACAUAUAACGCAACGCCUUUAUCUGUUCGGUUCCAGCAUUUGUUAGUCGAGGUCCAUCCAGGCCAUUCACGUUUAAACCCCGGUGAUAGAUUAACUAGUUUGAAUUCAAGGAUCAUCCUUCUCUAAAUGAGCAAAGCAAGGACGGCAGGUAGGAGACUCGAUGACAAAGUGCACAGUAUAUAAAAAGUGAAGGUUGUUAAAUAAUGUGAUCUUGGGCAUACGUCGUCAAUUUCGUCAG